ACUCAUUACAUAGGUAGCUGUUAGCUGGGUACCAGUCUCUUCAGAAUUCCAUCGAGGUACCAAGAACCGAGUGGACCAACUCAUGUGAGACGUGCUUGUCUAGAAAUUAGUUGUUCUAAAAGUAGGCGCGAGACUGCAUGAAGGUGUCAGUUUAGUGUUAUUAUUGUAGAGAGUUGAUUGCGUUUUCAAAUGUGUUUGGUGGACUCAUUUGAGUGAUAUAUUUGUGGACAUGUGUGUAUCUUUUUGGAACUGAGGAUAAAUGUGGAUUAUCUUGGUUAUUUCUGAAGAAAAUGGAUGAACAAACAGCGUUUGUCUUAGCUCUACAAAUCUUGGCCUUAUUCUCGAUAGCAGGAGCUCUUCUACUCUACCUGAUAUGCAAAAUACAAAAGACAGAUUCUGUUACACUUGAAAAUAUUCCUGGAGCCAGCAAACCUAUUCUGGUCACUUGUGCAGACAAUGCGAUUGGUUUACAAAUAUCCAUCCAUUUAGCUAACAGAGGGUUCAGAGUGUUCAGUGGCUUAAAGGCCGGUGCUGGUGUAGGUUCCCCAGAUGAUUCAGUUGCUGCCAAAGUAAUAAGAUCGUGGCAAAAGAAUAGGGAGAGUCAAAAUGGCAUGGUUCAUGGGUCUAUUAUUGCACUACCAUUGGAUGUGAAUAGAGAGGACCUGCUCCAUGAAGCAGCUGAUAUCAUCAGAGGCCAUUUACCAGCAGGAGAGGAUGGUCUCUGGGCAGUGAUAAACACGACGGGGCUCAUCUACAGGGGUCGUUUGGACCAGCAGGACAUCAGUCAGUGGGAGGCUAUGUUCAGAACAAAUGUGGUAGGAGUUUUACGUACAUCAAGAGCUUUCCAAGGUCUACUACGCAAUACUUCUGGAAGAAUAAUCACACUUGGUCCUGAAAAUUGCUGUGAAGGUGGUUUUGUGGCCUACGCAGCAACGAGACAUGCAGUUUUAGGUGCUACCGAUGCUUUGAGGAAAGAGCUGGUAUCAACUGGUAUCAGAGUUAUCACCUUGGAGCUCACAUGUUUCAAUACGGAAGACCUUUAUGUGAUUCCAAAAUUGAGAAAAGAUAAAGAGCAAACGGAGAUAUCCAUAGAUUCUGAUGGAUGUAUUGAAUAUUAUCCAAGAGCAUUACCCCCUUAUUCGCUUCAUACAUUAGACUUAUGUUUAACAACAAGAAACCCAAAAGACUUUUAUUCCCUGGAGUACAAAUAUGCUUGGUUGAAGCCUUUAAAGAUGAUGACCGUUUGAGAGGAAGACCUAAUCUCAGCAUGAUAAGUUGGUGACGAAUAUUCAUAGAUAUGGUGAUAAGUUGCUUGAAAAAUUUUCCACAAGAAAAUAUUAUUAUAUUAUAUUUAACAAACUUGUUGAUAUUUUUGUUUUGUGAAUAACUUGAAGAUCAUCAUAUCAUAUAUUUCUAGCAAAAAUUAUUCUCAGCUAUAGUAGAAUGGAAUUGUAACUAAAAAAUCAACUUGAAAUAACACCAGGGAAUUUUGGAUAUCAUCCAAAAAAUGUUUUAUACUAGAACAACAUUGAAUUCUACCUGUAUAUUUUAUGUGUAUAUUAUAUGCCAUAUCUCUUAACUUCAAUUUGUAUAUAUGUAUUAUUGUUAUUAUUGUAUGUUUUCAAAUAAAAUACUUCCAAUAG